AUGAAUGUCUUUGCAGACGUACCAGUUAAAGUUUCGGUUGCAGGGCCAUGGAAAAGCAUUUACAGCAUUCGGCAGCCAUUACUUGAGGCCAAUAUUGACCUUGGGGCUGCUUUCUCAGAUGUGGUGGGUAACGGAUCUAACAUAUGUUUUUGGUUGGACUGUUGGUUCGAGUCGGUACCUUUUUUCAUUAGAUUCCCGGAUUUAUUCAAAGAGGAAGUGGUCAAAGAAUGCUUGGUUGAGGAUCGGUUACAGUUGAACAGCGCUGGGCCUCAUUUUAAUUGGGUCUGGAUUCGGCCAGACCUUGGACCGGUGGCUGCAGUUCAGCUGCAACAGUUGCAGCUCUUGACCGGCUGUUGGGUUGGAUCUGGGAAGAAGGACUGUUGGAAAUGGAACUAUGAUAACAAUGGCAUCUUCACAGUAGCCGGCAUUAAAGGGAUUCUCAGCUCCGCAAACCGAACGGUUCCAAAUAAUGUUUUUCUUUGGAGUAAUUGGGUCCCGAAGAAAGUCGGCUUGGUGGCUUGGAGGGCAGAGAUGGAGAGACUUCCGACUAGGCGAGCACUGGCAAACCGGAACAUUCCGGUACCCAACCAAAUGUACGUGUUAUGCAGCGAUUACGUGGAGUCAUGUGAACACGUUUUUGUCUCGUGUCAUUACGCACAAAUGUUAUGGCAAAACUUGGCGAUGUGGUGCGGGUUACCUCCUAUCAUUGCGUUUGGGAUUAAUGAUCUGCUUACACUACAAGAUUCAGCUUCGGGCUCGAGGAGGAAGCGGAAAGUGGUUCAUGCUAUUAUAUUGGUGACUUUUUGGAGUAUUUGGAAGAUGCGGAACGAAACUGUUUUUAAACAAGGUGUACCAAAUGUUACGAGAACUCUUGAUGAAAUUAAAUCAAUGGCGUACUUAUGGGUUAAAAGUCGAUCAAAAGUGGUGGAUCUAACAUGGAAAAAUUGGAGUCGGUUUAAUUUGGAUGCUUUGCAUUGA